CUCCCUCAGCGGUCGGAGGUGGAAAAGCGGCCGCGGCGGCGGUCUUUACGCCCGCAGCAGCGACCCGCCGCCGGGGGAAGGAGCAGGCGAAGGGCCCGCAAGGCGUGGCAGGGGCUGCAGCCUUCUGGGCGCGGCCGGCUGCUCCCUCCCCUCACAGCGGGGGAGGGGGAGGAAGGGCGGCGCAGCCUCGCCUUCCUCCUCCUCCUCCUCCUGCGGUGGGGAGCGAGCAACGGGGGAGGGGGAAGUUUCUGGCACCUUCUGGCUGGGUCGGCGGCGGGCGGAAGCGGCCGCGCUGCCGGCGUAGGCUGCGGCGGGCGGCCGUGGUGGCGGCGGUGGCGGGGCCGGGGCCGGGCCUGGGCCUGGGGCAGCGGCAUCGCCAUCAUCAUCGCCAUGGCCAAGUGGGGGCAGGGGGACCCGCGCUGGAUCGUGGAGGAGCGCGCGGACGCCACCAACGUCAACAACUGGCACUGGACGGAGCGGGACGCGACCAGCUGGUCGAAAAGCAAACUGAAGGAGGUGCUGGUGGGGCUGGCGGUGGAGGGCGAGGCCGGGCGAUGCGAGAUCAGUGACCUGAAACACGUGGAAGGCGAAGCGUCCUGCAGCAGCCGCAAAGGAAAACUCAUCUUCUUCUACGAAUGGAACCUGCGCCUCAGCUGGAAAGGUACAGUGAAAGAGUCUGGUGAGAAACAUAAGGGAUCUGUUGAAAUUCCUAACCUGUCAGAAGAAAAUGAGGUAGAUGAUACAGAGAUAAAUGUUAGCAAAAAGAAAGGGGAAGGCGAUGCUCUCAAGGACCUUAUGAGAACUGAGGGAACUACAAAAGUCAGAGAGGCCCUGAGAGAUUACCUGAAAGCACUUAAAACAGAGUUUACCUUGGGAAUGAUUCUGCCAACAAAAGCUACUGUUGGGCAGGAGCUGGCCACUGAGCAAAAAUUAAGUGGGAGCACCAUGCAAGAAUCUGUUUCACCACAGUCUUUGGAUACAGUUGGUGUAAAGAUCCCAACAGUGAAGAUACUUAUGAGAGAAAUAUUCAACUCCCCAGCAGACAAACUCUAUAGCAUCUUCACAACUAAGGACUUGGUACAGAAGUUUUCUAAAUGUCCUGCCGUGAUCGAAGCUGAGAAAGGAGGCAAACUUCAGAUGUUUGAUGGUUGCGUCAGUGGUGAAUAUGCAGAAUUGGUCCCAAGCCAAAAAAUCAUCCUGAAGUGGAGGUGUAGAAACUGGCCUGACGAACAUUAUGCAACGGUGGCCUUGAAUUUCAAGGAUAUGGCUGCUCAGACAGAACUGCAGUUAGAGUGCAAAGGAGUUCCCAUCUCUCAUGAAGCCAGUACAAGGCAAUGUUGGAAGAAGCAGCACUUUGAAGAAAUACGUAUUCUCCUGCAGCGAUCCCCAUCCCCAGCCAACAUGGAAUGAUAACAGCACUGUAGUUUUGUUUGGGCAUUACUUUUUAUACUUGGUUAACAUUGGUUUUUUUUAAAAAAAUUAUUUAUUUGUGGGAAGAAUAAAGACCCACUUCUAUGACACUGUGUAUAAUUUAAGCAUUAUUUAUGGAUUUUUAGUGAAUGAGGUGACAAGUUAAGUCAGACUAUGUAUAUGAGCAGCUUGGGGACUUGCUUGGGGGAAACUGAGCUCCAUUCUGCUUGCCUGCAGCUUCAGAGAGUAAUUUUUCAGCUGCAGUGAAGUACCACCAUCAUAGGUACGUUAAGUUGCAUGGAUCGAUAGGAAGAACCACUUGCAGUUCUUCAAUAUGCAGUGUAUCAAGUGGCAAAAAUAAAUCCCUCUAGGAGAUGGGGUGCCUAUCAGAGCUGAACUGAAAGGGAUUAUAAAACUGCUGAUAGGUGAGAUCUUUCAAGAAGUGUGUGUGGGAUAUAGUUCACAGCCUCUUCAAAUACUUCUUAAGAUUGUGUGAACCACAGACUGACUUUGUUUUUAACGCUAUAGACGGUUUUAGGGAAAGGUAAUUCACAAUGUCACGUAACUUGGGUUGGUUACCUAACCACUGUUAGGUCUGCAUACACUGUACUCCCUUAAUGACCGCAGCAUAAAAUUUAUUUUGGAAGAAACAAACAGUACUAAUGCUUUCCUUCUGCAAUUCUGUAAAUCUUCCACUUAAAUGACUCGCAGCCCUCUGCAAUGCUGUAGCUCAAAUUAAAAAGAGCAACUGCUAGAGAAACUGGACAGGAGCGCAGUAGGGAUAGUGACAGUAAAGAAUUGUUACUCUUCAUUAAAGCACAUUGAGGUUAGCAAGGGUAGCUUAAUUCUCAAAUGCUUUAUAAGAAGUGUAUCAAGUGUGCAAUUUGAAACAAAUUGACCCAAAAAAAGGCAAGCUGUCUUUGGAAAAUAUUGUUGGCUCAAUAAAGUGUGUUAUUUUUACAUGCA